UGAUUGUGCAUUAUCGCGGAUGGCAGUGCACCUCUGAGACUCGCAGACGACGGUGGACGACGAUUCGCAUUCAUCAUCGUCGCGAUGGCGAGCGCGCACGAUGACAGCAUCGUGCGUGCUGAGCAAGUUCUGACCAGCGAGGAUGAAAGAUAUGCAGCGGUACAUUUGAACGAGACCAACGAGACGAAAGAGAGCGCAGUCGUGGAGAUCAGACGCUGGAUUGAGGAGAGCGACAACUUGCGCGUGCGAACCGAUGAUUUCUUUAUCCUGCGAUUUUUGAGAACUUGCAAGUUUAAUGUCGAGAAAACUAAAAUGAGGAUGCAAAAUUAUUAUAAACAACGAUCUGAUUUACCAGAAUGGUUCAUGAAUAAGGAUCCAUUUCAAUCGGAACUGCAGGAGUUACUUAAUAUGGGAUUAUUUUUACCCUUGCGAAAGCGAGACAAUCAAGGAAGAGUGGUUAUCAUCAUACGUGGCACUCGGCACGAUCCGAGAAUACACAAAAUAUCGGACAUAUGUAAGAUUGGUGUGCUGGCGACAGAAAUGGCGACGAAGAAUUACAACGCGAUAUCCGUGUACGGUAUUGCAUUGUUUAUAGACGUGGCCAAUCCAACAAUGCGUCACGCUGUUCAAAUGCGACCCCAUGUAAUAAUGAAUUUAGUCCACUGUUGGCAGAGCUCUUAUCCUAUAAGAGUUUCCGUUUUGAACAUAAUUAACGCGCCGGAAUAUGUCAACGUUGUCCUAAAGAUUUUCAGGUCUUUCAUGAACGAGAAGAUGAAGAGCAGAUUGAACGUUUAUACGCAAAAAACGAUGCAGGAUUGUUUCAAGGAUAUCCCAGUUAACAUCUUGCCCGUCGAGUAUGGUGGCACUGAUGGUACACUUCAGGAGUUAACAGAAUAUUGGAAGAACCUGAUCGAGGAAAAUCGCGAUUGGCUUAUUAGUGACGAGAAUGACCAACUUAUCGUUUCGAAGCAGUAGAUUCAGAAUUGAUAUAAAAUAUUUACUUUUAAUAGUUGAAUGUAUUUACUAUUAUAUAGA